AUGCAAACACAAGUAUGCGAGGGGUUGUGUGAAAAUUGGUAUUCUUCUGCUGAACCACAAAGACAUAAACAAAGUGCUUCUUUUGGAUAUACUGGCUUUUCUCUCUUUCUUUCUUUUUUUCUUCUCUCUCUUCUAUUUCUUGUGGAUAUUAUGGCUAAUAACACAGCGAGUUCAGGGAGUUCAUUGCCAGAAAACUUUUGGGAUGAUCUCAUAAUAUCCUUUACAGUGUCCAUGGCAAUUGGGCUUGUCAUUGGAGGAUUUAUUUGGGCUCUGUUUGUAUGUCUGUCUCGAAGAAGAGCCAGUGCCCGCAUCUCACAGUGGAGUUCAAGUCGGCGAUCCAGGUCUUCUUACACUCACGGCCUAAACAGGACUGGAUUUUACCGCCACAGUGGCUGUGAACGUCGAAGCAACCUCAGCCUGGCCAGUCUCACUUUCCAGCGACAGGCUUCCCUGGAACAAGGAAAUUCUUUUCCAAGAAAAUCAAGCUUCAGAGCUUCAACUUUCCACCCAUUUCUGCAAAGUCCACCACUUCCUGUGGAAACUGACAGUCAGCUGAUGACUCUUCCUUCUUCCAAUACCUCUUCCACCAUCGACGCUACUAAUAGCCUGAGCCGUCCUGAUUUCCACUGGUCCAGCAACAGUCUUCGAGCUGGCUUUUCACCACCGCCCCCACCUCCCUAUGAGUUGAUCGUGAAGGCAUUCCCAGAUUCCUGAGUAGGGUGCUUUCAUUGUUAAUUUGUUUCUUUUUUUUCCGUCUGUUCUUGAAGGGCUAUUCUAAAUAGACCAAACAGAAUUUUGAGGACACAUGACUGAUGAGUUCCCAAGGUGAAAAACGCUCAUGCAAGUUGGACAUUACGAUGUAAAACAUAUUUUCUUUGAUCACAUUUUUCCUUGUCUCACAAAAAAAGUAAUAUUUUCCCAAAUAGUUAUAUAUUUAUAUAUUUUCUAUUCAACAUAAGGAUUAUUAAAGGUAGUGAUUCUAAUCUAAGAAUGAGCAGUGAUACAGCAUAUAUGUUUUAGAUUAAAAUAAAGACAAGGUAUUUACAGUUUAGAAUCUUCAUUCGUUAUCCAAUGUGAUUAUAAAGGAAAAAAAGUCAGUGUAACUUAAAUUUUUUUUCUAUCCAAAGGAAUUUUGAUUUCACCUUCUUUAGAAUGAAAAGUGAACCAUUUUACAAUUUGGAUUUUUAAUGGAUUAUGUGGGCACAAAAUGACAGAAAAUAGAAGAUUCUGAAGUUUCUUGAUGCCACUCAUUCUUGAGAAGUAUGGGAAUAAAGGAAAGGAAGAUACAUUAUAGGAUACUUCAUAUUUAACACAGAUUUUUGUGCUUUUCCUAAGAACAGUCAUCUACAUCACUAAGGCAGAAUCCUUGGAUUUACUAACAUGAUAAUUUAACUUUUCUUCACUGUUGUUAUUUUGUUAGAAAAGCAACAACUGCAAAUCCAAGUCAUUUGACCUAAAAACAAACUUUAACAGUGAGCUUACAUUUUUCUUAAGGGGUAGUAAAUUCUACUUUUAGAUUUAAAUCUAGCAACUGGGAAAGCACUUUACCUAGGGACCUUAUUCUUUAAAUUCAUGGACAAAUAAGUAAGGGUCAGUGGGGACAAAGUUUGUCAUCGAAAUAGAUGUUACAGCCAUGAAGAAUAUUCUUUCCUGGAUUGACUUAUUAAGCAUCAUCCCUCAUUUGUAGCUCUAUGAUUGUCCACCUCAGAUUCUGUGACAUGUCUUUGUACAAUGAUUAAACCAUGCUAUAUGGUCCUUGGUGCAGCUGUAUAAGGAGUCCACUUCCACAAAUGGCUAUCCUUUUAAUGAAAGGUACAUUCCCCAAAUGUGGGUACCAAAGAGCUUCAGUGACCCAAAUGCCGAAGGAUCCUUUUUUCAUUUAAGGACACAAGUUCACUGGAUAAUGACUCAAAAGUCCUGCAGUUUAUUUCUGACAUGGUAAAUAUUUAGCUUAUGUUGCUCUUUGUUUUUCUGAAGAUUAGGAUUUUCACUGGAAAAAAAAAUGUACUCUCAUUUUAGUUUCUGUAAUGCAGUGGUCCAAGCUAAUACUGUCUGAAUAUGGCUCAAGAAUGUAAUAAUUUUUAUAUAACAGAGAUUUUGUAGAGCAUUUUCUUCCCUUAUGUGUAUUUACUUAUAUUUUUUAUUAUCCCUCAAGGAUAAUUAUUGUAAUUAUUCUUAAUGAUGUCUAUAGAUAGAUGCUCUCUAAUACAAUAUACCGGGAAGAAAAAGAGAAAGGAAGGAAGGAAGGAAGGAAGGAAGGAAGGAAGGAAGGAAGGAAGGAAGGAAGGAAGGGAGGAAGAAAAGAGGAAAAGAGAAAGACAAAAAGGCUCACAGGAUAACCAAUUUGUUUUAAGUUGUUUUUAAGAUUUCAGGAGAUCAUUAACUUAGUAACAAGGCUAUCUUUUGCUUGUAUGAAAUCCUUAACGUUUAACAUGGGAUAUAAGCAAAGUUUAUGGGUUUUAUCUAGAUUUUAUAUUGGGAAUAAAACUGAUUUUUGUCUCACAAAUUAGAAAAUAAAAGCAGAAAUCUUCUGGUGAAUUUAGUCAUCUGGCAGAAUUAUUGUCUCCUCCCUCUUGUAAAUAUUGUGCAACAUAUAAAAUGUGAAAUUAAAGCAAAACCUGCAGACUUUUUUAGUUAUAUUUUUUAUUUGAAAUGUUUCCUUG